AUGGCGGGACGGACCGCGAUGCGAACCCCUGAACCGCCCGACCGUGACGACGAACGCGAAGAUUCACCGCCACGAUUGCCGAGGCCGAGACGCACUACCCGACCACCCAAUAAUCAUGCUCGGGAUCAAGAGAUCGACAACCAGCAGAGAACAACACGGUCCCAACUGAGAAAGAAAACCCAAGACAAGCCAGUAACCCAACGUGAAGCGGUCACUUCGGACGACUCCGCGACGGAGAGCGAAGACCUCAACGCCGCCACACUCGUGAAGGAGCUCAUUAAACUCAGGCGAGAGAUCAGGCGACGCGAUGAAUUGCACAAGAAAGAGCUUCAGAAGGUUAAAGAAGAAUUUAGCGUUGCCCUGGCCGAAGUCCGACACGAGCUACAGACCCUGACAGAUAGACCCUCGACACCGCAAUCCCAUGCCGAGGCAUGCGCUCAGAACAGCCACGAUGAGAUCCUCCGCGAGAUUCAAUCCCUGCGCGAUGCCAUCAGCCCGUCCGUUGACAUUGGCUCCCCGUCCUAUGCAGAUGUCGCCCGCACUCCUCCACUCAGUCACCCGAGCAACGUACGGACGCUCUCGACGUCGAAUACAACACCGACCACUUUUACCGACACGUUGUAUUGCACAAUAGAUACCUCGAAGAUGACAGAAAAUGAAAAUGAGAGGAUUUCCGCAGGCCCAAUCCGGACGGCGGUUGAGACAGAGAUUCGGACGAUGGAAGGCCACACGCACUGGCGCUGUCGCGCUGUCACCGUGGACCCGAAGAACAUCAACCGAAUCAGAAUAGCGUGCCGCGACGAAGAUGAACACCAGCUGGUCAAGAAAGUGGCGGAAGCAAAGAUCGGCGCGGGAGCCCGGGUACUCCGUGACGAGCUCUACCCGAUCAAAGUUGACAGCGUCAAUAAGGCCGCCGUGCUAGAUGAAAAAGAUGAGAUCCGAGCCGAAGCCGCGGCAGCCUUCAGCGAAGAGAAUGAAGUUACCGUGGCUAAGAUCGCAUGGCUUAGCAGAAAGGAUACUGACGGGUUCUUUCACGCUGGAGGAGAAUCUGGCGUGACCAGUACCUUCGAGUAUCGACCUCGACCGAUGCAAUGUUACAAUUGCCAGGAAAUUGGACACAAGGCAUUCCAGUGCAAGAACACCCAGAAAUGCGCCAAGUGCGCCGCGGAGGGCCACCGCCACAGCAGCUGCGACCAAACGGUUCCGAACGUCCGAAUCAUUCAGCUGAAUGUGAGGAAACAGGGAGCAGUACAUGACAGUUUGAUGAACGAUGAAGAGACCCGGGACGCAGUCGCACUAGCGAUUCAGGAACCCCAAGCGAGGAGAAUCCAAGGGCGGCUCCUGACAACCCUGAUGGGACAUCACAAAUGGACUAAGAUGGUCCCCUCCACUUGGAGGGAGGGCCGAUGGGCAAUCCGUAGCAUGUUGUGGAUCAAUAGGGAUGUAGAAGCGGAGCAAGUGCCGAUCGAGUCGCCGGACCUGACCGCAGCGGUUAUCCGCCUCCCCGAGCGCCUGAUAUUUAUGGCAUCAGUCUACGUAGAGGGAGGAGAUGCCGCAGCGUUGGACGACGCAUGUGAUCGCCUCAGAAAAGCAAUCAGUAAGGUACGGCAAGACGCGGGAACAGUGGUGGAGAUUAUGAUCGUGGGGGACUUUAACCGCCACGAUCAGCUCUGGGGAGGAGACGACGUAUCUUUAACAAGACAAGGAGAAGCGGAUCCAAUCAUCAACCUCAUGAGUGAGUUCGCUCUCUGUAGCCUGCUCAAACGAGGCACGAAGACAUGGCACGGUGGAGGGCAGAAUGGGGACUGCGAGUCUACUAUCGACCUCGUCCUGGCCUCAGCUAGCUUGACAGACUCGUUGGUCAAGUGCGCAAUACACGGGACGGAGCACGGCUCGGACCACCGCGCUAUUGAGACCAUUUUCGAUGCCCCAUGGCCAGCUCCACAGCACCCGGAACGACUUUUGCUGAAAAACGCGCCAUGGAAGGAAAUUAACGCGUGA